AUGACCGGCUUGGAUCAACGUUCAAGGGGGCGAGUUCAACAGGUUCUGAGAACACCCGGUGACUCAAUGCUGCGCUUCACGAAGAAGGGCACGUUCCAGAUCUCUGUUUUUGAGGACUUGCACUUUGGCGAAGAUGCAAGCGCCGACACCAAGUCAAGCAGAGUCAUGAACAAGGUCCUCUCAAAAGAAGACGCCCAACUAGUCGUGCUAAACGGCGACCUGAUAUCCGGCGAAGCGACCAACUCAACCGUGUCAGACCAGUACUUCGACGAUGUUGUCGCGCCGCUGGUUGAUCGCGAUCUGUCAUGGGCAACGACGUACGGCAACCAUGACAGCGAGACCAACCUCGACCCGUGGGCCAUAUACAAGCGCGACAGAAACUACCCCAACAGCCACACGCGCAGCAUGGUCUCAGCGCCCGAUGCCGGCAUCACCAAUUACUAUCUGCCGGUGCUGGCCUCGAACGGGACGAGCAAGAGCACCCCGGAGCUCAUUUUGUGGUUUUUCGAUAGCAAAGGUGGAAGCUAUGCCCGCGAUUCAGAGCAUGAUUCGGGGGCGAGGCCGAAUUGGAUUGAUGAGUCGGUUGUCGACUGGUUCACAGCAACAAAUGCCAACCUGACAGCCCACUACGGCAAGACCAUUCCGUCCCUGGCCUUCUUCCACAUCCCCGCCAACGCAAUGCUUGCGCACCAAGAAUCGCGGCUGGGCUCGCGUCCCGUGCGCGGAAUCAAUGGCGAGCGGGUUAACCAGCAGGGUUAUAAGGGGGGAUUCCCCUAUGACGGUCAGGAUCGCCGGUUCAUGGAGGCGCUCCUGAACACGACGGGGCUGAUGGCGACCUUUAGCGGACACGACCAUGAUAAUGAUUGGUGCUUUAAAUGGGACGAUCAACUCCCCGGCGUGCCCUUCCCCGGCAAUGGCAUACACAUGUGCUAUGGCCGGCACUCGGGGUACGGCGGCUACGGCAAUGCAGCCCGAGGUGCACGGCAGAUCCUGCUUCAGCAGGGACAAGUCACUAAGGGGUUGCAGACGUGGGUGCGUUUGGAGGAUGACUCGAUCUCCUCGCCGAGUAACUUGAGUACCCAUAGCUUGCAUCGCAUUGAUACGCCAGGGUACAGCGCUGCCUCGUCCCCGAUGGGAGCUGCAAGCCCCUUGGUUUCCAUG